AUGCCGCCGCAUCUACAUCCCCGGUCACGGUCAACGUCCUCCCUCUUCGCCGGGACGCUCCUGGCUUCCUUGGUCGUCGUCGGCCUACCACAUGUCUUUCCCUGUCCCGCCCCGCGUCGCACAUUCGCCGAUUCCGAGAUGAUAAUGUCGGCAGAUGGGCAACCAAUUCAGAGAAUUCGCAGAAGACGUCGGAAAGACGAAGAACUUCUCAGCCAGGAUGGCAAUCUGCUCGCCCAGACGCAGCCGGCUGCUGAUGAGGAGGUGUCUACGUUUCUACAAUUAGAAGAAGAAGCACAGAGAUUGGCCAAGGCAGGCCACGAGUGUCCAGUUCCCAAGCCGCGAGGAAUUCUGGGCGAAUUGCUAGGUUUUACGAGUAGUGGAGAUAUGCCGACAUCGACGACGACACAGUCACAACGGGUUGGGGAGGGUCGGUAG